AUGGUGAUGCAUUCGGUGCUGCUGGGCGGCGAGGAGCAGCGCGUCUUGCUGGAGGCCGCCGAGGAGCUGGGCCUGGCCGACGGCGCCUGGGCCUUCCUGCCCUUCGACACGCUCCACUACGCCUUGGCCCCGGGCCCCGGGGCCUUGGCCGCCCUAGCCAACAGCUCCCGGCUCCGUCGGGCCCACGAUGCGGUGCUGACCCUCACGCGCCACUGCUCCCCCGGGGGCAGCGUGCUGGACCACCUGCGCCGGGCCCAAGAGACCCAGGAGCUGCCCCCAGACCUCAACCCACAGCAGGUGUCCCCGCUCUUCGGCACCAUCUACGACGCAGUCUCCUUAUUGGCUCGAGGCGUAGUGGGAGCACGGGCAUCCGGAGGUGGCAGCUGGGUGUCUGGAGCAGCUGUGGCCCGCCAUGCCCGGGAUGCCCAGGUCCCUGGCUUCUGUGGGCUCCUGGGAGGAGUUGAGGAGCCCCCAUUUGUACUGCUGGACACGGACGCGGCAGGGGACCAACUCUUUGCCACAUUUACAUUGGACCCCGCCAGGGGCUCCUUCCACUCCACUGGGAUCCCAGUGCACUUCCCGCAGGGGGGACGGGGACCUGUGUCUGACCACUGGUGCUGGUUCGACCCCAGUGUCAUCUGCAAUGGAGGAGUGGAUCCUGGCCUGGUCUUUCUCGGCUUCCUUGUGGUGAUUGGGCUGGGGCUGAUGGGGGCCUUCCUGGCCCAUUACCUGAGGCAUCGUCUACUUCACAUCCAAAUGGUGUCCGGCCCCAACAAGAUCAUCUUGACUUUGAAUGACAUCACCUUCCUCCACCCACAAAGAAGCAGCUCUCGAAAGGGAGUCCAGGGGAGUAGAUCAAGUCUUGCAGCCCGCAGUGCGUCAGACAUCCGCAGCGUCUCCAGCCAGCCGGCUGACAGCGCCAACAUUGGCAUCUAUGAGGGAGACUGGGUUUGGCUGAAGAAAUUCCCAGGGGAUCGGCACUUAACUAUCUACCCAGCAACCAAGACAGCCUUCUCCAAGAUCCUGGAGCUGCGGCACGAGAACGUGGCCCUCUACCUGGGGCUCCUCCUGGCGACGGGGGCGGCGGGAAGCUCAGCGCCCGGGGAGGGCACCCUGGCUGUGGUCUCAGAGCACUGUGCCCGGGGCUCCCUCCAGGACCUCCUCGCCCAGAGAGACAUCAAGCUGGACUGGAUGUUCAAGUCCUCCCUCCUGCUGGAUCUCAUCAAGGGAAUGAGAUACCUGCACCACCGAGGCGUCGCCCACGGGCGACUUAAAUCCCGGAACUGCGUGGUGGACGGGAGGUUCGUGCUCAAGGUCACCGACCACGGCCACGGGCGGCUGCUGGAAGCUCAGAGGGUCUUACCAGAGCCCCCAAACGCGGAGGACCAGCUUUGGACAGCUCCGGAGCUGCUCCGGAGCCCCGCCCUGGAGCGUCGGGGGACUCUGGCUGGGGACGUCUUCAGCAUGGCCAUCAUCAUGCAGGAAGUGGUGUGCCGCAGCGCACCCUACGCCAUGCUGGAGCUGAGCCCCCAGGAAGUGGUGCAGAGGGUGCAGGGCCCACCUCCGCUGUGUCGGCCGUUGGUGUCCAUGGACCAGGCCCCCAUCGAAUGCAUCCGACUGAUGGAGCAGUGCUGGGCGGAGCAGCCAGACCUCCGGCCCUCCAUGGACCGCACCUUCAACCUGUUCAAGGGCAUCAACAAGGGCCGCAAGACCAACAUCAUUGACUCGAUGUUGCGCAUGCUGGAGCAGUACUCCAGCAACCUGGAGGACCUGAUCCGGGAACGCACAGAGGAGCUGGAGUUGGAAAAGCAGAAGACAGACCGGCUGCUCACCCAGAUGCUGCCCCCGUCGGUGGCGGAGGCCCUGAAGAUGGGGACGCCGGUGGAGCCCGAGUACUUUGAAGAGGUGACGCUGUACUUCAGCGACAUCGUUGGCUUCACUACUAUCUCGGCCAUGAGUGAGCCCAUCGAGGUGGUGGACCUGCUCAAUGACCUCUACACGCUCUUUGAUGCCAUCAUCGGAUCCCACGACGUCUACAAGGUGGAGACCAUUGGGGACGCCUAUAUGGUGGCUUCGGGGCUGCCCCAGCGGAAUGGGCAGCGGCAUGCGGCAGAGAUCGCCAAUAUGUCGCUGGACAUCCUCAGCGCUGUGGGCACCUUCCGCAUGCGCCACAUGCCCGAGGUGCCCGUGCGCAUUCGCAUCGGCCUGCAUUCAGGCCCGUGCGUGGCGGGCGUGGUGGGCCUCACCAUGCCGCGGUACUGCCUGUUUGGGGACACGGUCAACACCGCCUCUCGCAUGGAGUCCACCGGGCUGCCUUACCGCAUCCACGUGAACAGGACCACGGUGCGCCUCCUACAGGCCCUGGACCAGGGCUUCCAAACGGAGGUUCGGGGUCGCACUGAGCUGAAGGGCAAGGGCGCCGAGGACACGUACUGGCUGGUGGGCAGACGGGGCUUCAACAAGCCUAUCCCUAAACCGCCCGACCGGCAGCCAGGGGCCAGCAGCCACGGCAUCAGCCUGCACGAGAUCCCCCCGGAGCGGUGCCAGAAGCUGGCGAAGGCCAGGCCCGGCCAGUUCUCCGGACAGUGAGGCCGCGCGGCGGGUCCAGGAAUAUUCGGGAAGGCCCGUCUAUGAAAGUUGCUUCAAUAGAAGACCGAAAGGCUGGCUGAUGCUGGCAGUUUCCGUCCAGCUCUGCCGCAAAGGAUUCUGGGCCUGCUGUUGACCUUGGGAGAGCCUCGGGCCCUCUCUGGGCUUGGGCCCCCUCAGUGGUGAAGGAGAGGUGGCCCAGAGGGUUUCCACAGCCCCUUCCAGCUUUACCUGCAGGCUAGCCUCAGGAUCCAGGGCCCUGUGGUGUCUGGCCCCACGGCCUCGAAGGACCCUGAGGUCAUCAGGGAUGUCAGGAGGUCAGAGGGAGGGUCUCCAUUUUCCAGGGGCCCUCAAGGCCCCAGAAAGGAGGACCUGGGGUUGAAUGCUUCAGCCCCAGAGGACGUAGACAUCUUGGUCCCUCCUAGUCAGGGUUGGCUCAUGGCCUGAGGAGGAAUAGACUUCGCUUUAGCCUGGAGUCUCCUUCCCAAUUCCACCUCCUCCUUAGUCAGCUCCCUCUCAGGUCGGCGUGACCAGGGAACAUUGUUUCCCAUGUGCAGAGAAAAGCUUAUUUCGAGGCUUUGGGGGAUGGGAAAUGAAGCAAACAGCACCAAACCUUGUCUAACCAGAACACACAAGAAAUAGUCGUCCCUCUUUAACCAGGCCCUGCGGGCAGGUGGUGAGACAGAAGAGUCCUCUCUGCUCAGACCUUGGCAACAAGGGUCACCCUCUGUCCUGAGAGCCCCCGGCUGAAGUUCCCUUGGCGGUGGUGCUCAGAUGUUCCAGAGCCUGGGCCUGAGCAUUUUUGACGGUUGGUGCCCUUUGCCAUCGCUGUGGUCGCUGAGAGAAGUUGGCUUGCCACUGUACGUGGUGAGUGUCCAGUAUGUGGAGACUAUGGUGUCGUGACACUCAGGCUGUCCUAAGUGGAAGGAUGGACUGGAUCCUCAGACGAGUAGCACUGCCAUCAGUUGGGGGCUUGUCCUCAGUGCCCUUCCUGGGCAUCUGUGUCUGCACUUUGACACGUCCCCUUGGACUAUUUCUGUGCCCUGAGGAGUUUUCAAAGCAUGGAAUGAAAUGUCCCUAGGAUCCCUAAAAUCCAAGCUAUAAACUACUCUGUUUCCCCGAAAAUAAGACAGUAUCUUAUAUUAAUUUUUGCUCCCAAAGAUGCACUAGGUCUUA